UGUUCAGGUGUGAAGUCCUCGACAUGUGAUAAAAAAACUUUAAAGGGUCGAGUGGCGUUCCGCGCGGCCACGUUAUGGCUGACAGCUGCGUGGGAAACUGCGCGUCCUUAUUCUUCCUCGCGGUCGUUUUUGAUGCCGCCGGUCUGGUUGUUCUUCUGGUCGGGAUCUUUGGUAACCUGAACGUGGACGGACGGUUCUACGGAGAUUUCCUCAUCUACACGGGGUCGCUCGUCAUCUUCCUCAGCUUGGUGUGGUGGGUUCUGUGGUACACCGGCAACGUCCGGCUGGACGCCAGCCGUAGGAGAAGCUCUCUGGACGUCCGCUUCACUCACUGGGCGAGGAAGAUCUCAGAGAGGCUCUCUAGGAGCGCCGUCAAGUCUCAGGAGAAGAACAAUUCUGGGAAGGACAUGAAAGGAAUCUCCCCUUGUGGUGCGCACACCAGGAUUACGUGGGAACGGAACGGCACCGGGCCCAUGGGUCACGACAACAGGGGGUUUGAUGGGGGGUCCGAAUGCGCUCCAGACGGCAAAAACGUGGAGUUGGGGGAGUUGAGGAACUCCGAUGUGAAACUCCAGACUGUGGAGGACAAAGAAGAGAAGCUUCUCUGAGAUGGUGUGUCAGAUUCCCCAGAACAUAUGGACUGGACUAUAGGUACUGCUUUUCAAAGACUGAGCACUUUUGUUUGUUUGUUUGUUUUUAGGGACAAGCUCCCACUGAAGGGAGAAAGACUGCACACAGAAGAAGAAAAUGUAUUUCAUAUGUAAAUAACUUUUAUUUUUAAUGUGUCGCUUUUUGUAAAUGUAAAUAUUUUUUCUGGAAUAAAGUUUAGCAAUUUCUCCUGCACAGAUACAUUUCACGAACGUUCAUUAUAGAAAGCGAUAGAAAGACUCCAAAUAAUCCACAAAGUCAAAAUAAAGACCUGUAAUUUAAUUUAGGCAAUCACUCCUGCACACGCAGUACGGAGAGCAGACAGGGGCGUGUUCAGUCACCUGGGGACCCUAGGUAAACCUAGUCAUUGGGGCCCUCCACAUCCUUUUUUUAAUUUAUUUAUUUAUUUAUUUUUUACAUUUUUACAAAAUGUGAGUAUAUAAUUUAGGCCACUUUUUUUCCCUGCUUUUGAAAUUAGCUUAAGUUGCUAGUUACAUAGCCGUGUUUAUACACCGCCCCAAAAACGGUUUGAAAUAUUGUUUACCAUCUUCUAAGUGUGGAUAUGAGAAAAUUGCAUU